AUGGUCUACAUCCGCCAACACAACCUCCCCGCCCUGCGCACGUACCGCUACUCGGGCGUCGACAAGUCGCUCGUCUCCAGAUACGUGCUCAAGCCCUUCUACACGCAUGUCGUCAUUAAGUGUUUCCCGCUGUCUAUGGCACCAAAUGCUAUCACACUUACGGGCUUCGGUUUCGUGGUUAUCAAUCUCCUGACUCUACUAUGGUAUAACCCUACUCUUGACCAGGACUGUCCACCUUGGGUCUAUCUUAGCUGGGCUGUGGGUUUGUUUCUUUAUCAGACUUUCGAUGCCGUCGAUGGGACUCAGGCACGGAGAACUAAGCAAAGUGGACCUCUAGGCGAGCUUUUUGAUCAUGGAGUUGACGCCUGCAAUACCGUACUGGAAGUCCUCAUCUUCGCGGGAGCAACGAAUUUGGGGCAAUCAUGGAUUACCGUAUUGACUCUGUUUGGCUCUGCUUUCACAUUCUACGUCCAAACAUGGGACGAAUACUAUACCCAAACCCUAACACUAGGCAUAAUCUCCGGCCCCGUCGAAGGCAUCCUAACACUCUGCACCGUCUACGCCACAACGGCCAUAAAAGGCGGCGCAAGCUUCUGGCACAAACCCAUGCUCCCAACACUCGGCAUCGGCCCCUCGAUCUCCAUCCCGCCAUCCCUCUACAACCUCCCCUUCACCUCCUGGUACAUCGUCUACGGCGCCUUCGUCCUCCUCUUCAGCACAGCAAACAGCAUCCACAAUGUAAUGAGCAUCCGCCGCCAGCGCGGACAGGAUGUCUACAAGCCGCUGCUGGGCCUGUUGCCGGCAGUUGGCUUGUGGGGUUUGGUGGCUGCGUAUUUGUACCUGCAGCCGGUGAUUCGGGAGAGGCAUCUUGUGCCUCUUUCUAUGUUUGUGGGGCUUAUUAAUGCGUAUUCUGUUGGGAGGAUGAUUGUGGCGCAUCUGGUUAAGACUGAGUUUCCGUAUGGGAAUGUGUUGCUUUUACCGCUUGUUGUUGCGGUUGUGGACGGGGUUGCGGGCAGGGUGAGGUUGUGGGAGAGUAUCUUGGGGGUUGAGAACGGGGACGGGGAGGGGUUGUAUCAGGUUGCGUUCUUGUUUAUGGCGUUGGGGAUGGCGGUGGGGAUUUAUGGGAGUUUUGUGUUCGACGUCAUCACCACCAUCUGCGACUACCUGGAUAUCUGGUGCUUGACUAUCAAGCACCCAUAUUGCGAAGGAGCUGAGAAGGCGGAAGUGGUGAUAGAAAACUCUUCGCCGAAACCGAAGCUGUCAUGA